CUCUCCUCCAGCGACAUUAGUCCAUUUAAUUUUCAUAUCCCGAGUGCUACAGUGGAUGCUCGAGGUAUUGCAGUAGUUCUGCAAUUCUCCGAAAGCGGAAGAGUUUUGGACGAGGAAAUGCCAGAGUUAAUAAUGGCUUCGAAACACCAAGUUGAGAGUUUGACCGAGGAGUUAAUUUGUCCUGUCUGUCGCGAUGUAUUCGAUGAUCCGGUGUCACUGGACUGUGGGCACAACUUCUGCCGCUCCUGUAUCACACGGUUAGGGAAGGAGAAGAGAAAUUACUGCCCGCAAUGUAGAGAGGUGUUGAGCGAUCGCUCUCUGAGAGUAAAUCGGGCAUUGGCAAAUCUGGUUGAGAAGGCUCAGAAAUUAAACAUGAAUCUGAAAGAGAAGGGAAGGAAAUCUCUCUGCCGAGAACACGACGAAGAAUUUAAGCUGUUUUGUGAAACGGACGGGAAAGUCAUCUGUCUGAUUUGUGCAACAGCGCGCGAACACAAGUCUCACAAUAUCAUGCCGCUUAAAGAAGCGGUGGAAAUCGUCAAGCAUCAAGUUAAGUCUUCCAUAAAUUCUCUCACAAAAAAGAAAUCAGUGAUCGAGGAAAUGCAUCAAGAACAAAAACUCAAGAUUUCUGGAGUCGAGGUACAGAGGCGCAGCCUGGAGUCCUACAUCAAGUCGGAAUUCGCCAGAAUGCACCAGAUUCUCGAGCAGAAACAGCAGCGCAUUCUCGGAGAACUCGAGGAAGAAGCGCGGAAGAUUUUAAAUAAAAUGGAGAAAAAUCUUUGGGAGAUUGAAGAUUAUUUAAAUUCUGUAGCGCAUGAACUCUCAACAUUACAGAAACAGGUUGAUCAAGGAGAUGACGUGAUAUGCCUGAGGGAGAAAGAUAACUGGAAGAGGAGGAUCAGUGAGGAGGACUAUACAUUAUCAGUGGCAGAUGGUGGUGUCCUAUCGGUUGCAAAAUUCGAUCACCCCUUUUUGGGGAACACAGCAUUGGGUGAAACAUUGGAUGUCAUUAAGCGAGUCUCCGUGACCCUGGAUGUGGAAACGGCACAUCCAGAGCUCGAGGUGUCUGAAGAUCUCAAAGGACUGAGGCGGAACCCAGUGCUGAAGAUUUUCGAUAAAAACAGGAAGAGGUUCACGGUCUGGGGUUGUGUGCUGGGAUCGGAGGGAUUCACCUCGGGGAGACACUACUGGGAAGUGCAGGUGGUGAAGAAUCUGGGCUGGAGACUGGGAAUCGCCACGGAGUCUGUGGAGAGGAAGAAGGACAUCAAACUGACACCGGACUCCGGACUCUGGACCAUCGAGCUGGUUGAUGACGUGAUUCACGUCAACAAUCUCACUCGAUCACGUUGCCUUGCCGGUGUCCUCCCCAGGAGGGUGGGAGUUUAUCUCAGUUACGAGUUGGGAAGAGUUUCAUUUUACGAUGCGGAGACCAAGUUCCAUAUCCACACCUUCACCGGGAAUAAAUUCACGGAGAAGCUCUAUCCUUUCUUCUGGACUUGGGAUGGAAACUGGCUGAGAAUCUGCUCCAGUUCCAAACCAGGUCUGUAAACGGGUCGGGUCCCGGGGCCGGUGUCAGCAGUAUGUCAGUGUAAAUAUAAAUGUGCGGAGAGUGAAAUAAAUGCGAUACGAGCCUGGCGACCCCCCUGGGAUGAUUGCUUCUUUCCAGUCACCUGGAUCCCGUCUGCCUGCCAGUCCCAUCCCUGGAGGGGGGAGUGUAUCUCACUUGAGAGGUCAGGACCAUUUCGUUUUACACCGUGGAGACCCAGCCUCAUCUCCUCACGUUCGCGGAGAAUCCCAGUCCUUUCUUUUGGACUUGGGAUGGAGACUGGCUGAGAAUCUGCUGCGGUCGUGCUCCGUGUUCCGGGUUUGGAAGUGGUCCCAGAACCGGCGUCCAGAGCAGACCCGAGUGGGUGGGGGGCUGAACCCCUGCUGAUAACAGGUUGACACUGAGUGGGUCUCAUGUCAACUCCCAGACUCCACAAAGUAAACCCCAAUGGGCCUGGACGAAGCCAGUGUACAGUGGAAAGUGAGAAAUGGAAGUCAAUGGGACUUUGCAGAGUAACCAGACCAGACGGAUCGAAGGACACUAUGACAUUCACUCUAUGAAAGUACUGAGAUGUGCUCUGGCAUCCCUGGUUUUAAUACAUUGUCUGUUUCCAUAAUGGUAAUGAAAUAUUUCUGUGAAUUUAUGAAUAUAUUUUAGUUCACAAAUAAACACUA